AUGAACCCCGCCUGCAACAACCACCCGUCUCCGCCGCCACCAGCCUGCCAACAAACAUGUCCGUACAGCGCUAAGGUGCUCCGUGUGCACCCGAGCAUUGGGGAGAAAAAGGGAAAAAACGAAAACCGGUGGGUGCGCGCUGCCAUUCACAGGCUGUUUAUGGUGCUGCUGAGCAGGAACUACGAGAAGGCGCUGGAGGAGAUCGACGAGAACCUCAUCUACUGGCCGCGCUUCAUCCGGCACAAGUGCAAGCAGCGCUUCACCAAGAUCACGCAGUACCUCAUCCGCAUCCGCAAGCUGACGCUCAAGCGACAGAGGAAGCUCGUUCCUUUGAGCAGGAAGAUUGAAAGGCGGGAGAAGAGGAGAGAGGAGAAAGCCCUGGUAGCUGCUCAGCUGGACAACGCCAUCGAAAAGGAAUUGCUGGAGAGGCUGAAACAGGCUACCUACGGAGACAUCUACAACUUCCCCAUCCACGCUUUCGACAAAGCUCUGCAGCAACAGGACGCAGAGAGCGACUCCGACGUGGAGAAGGAAGAGGAGGAAGAGGAGGACGCGGAUAAGAGGGAGUUUGUGGAAGCCGAUGACAGCGAGCUGAGUGAUUUCGAGGACAUGGAUAAGUUGGAGACAAGCAGUGAGGAAGAGCAGGAAGACAAGUCCUCAAGCGAGGAAGAGGAGAAGGAGAGAGAGAAGAAAGCCGCUCGCUCCAAAUCCAAAGGGAAAACUCCUUUGAAAGGUCCAGCCAGGAAAAAACGACCCUACAUUGAAAUAGAGUAUGAAGAAGAAACGGAGCCGACUGCUAAAACAAAAACAACCUGACUCUUUCCUGGACUUGCAUUUUGUACUGAACGACAAGACCCCAGCUCUGUCACUAAAAUCACUCCAGCUUCCCCCUGUC